AUAGAGACUUGUUUUGUGGAACCCCUACUUAACAUGACAGAUAUCGUUGCCCCAUCGUUAUCCACGUACCAAGAUGAUGUUACAUUCCAAAGAUAUGAAGAAUCAAAGCAUGAAAGACCAUACCUAGGUCCUGGCUGGGAAGCCCAUGGUGACCUCACCGGGAAAUUGAACGAAUACUAUAGCAUCCCAGAGCUUUGUGAAUAUCUCAAACAGAAACACCAUGGGAAGAAGAGGUUCAAGAAGAUUACUCUUCAGUUUCCUGAUGCUCUCGUUGCUGACUCUGCUAUCGUGGUCCAAUUGAUACAAAAGACACUUGAAGAGAACGAUAAUCAUGGCGAUGAUGUUGAAUCAACGGUUGUCAUAGAGGCUGUGGAUCAUAAUGACAGUCACAAGCAUAAAGAGAAGGAUGACUGUAAGAAGACGUGCUUGAAUUGCAAGUGCUCUGACGAUAUUGAGGGUGAGAAAGACGUCAAACAACAGGUUUGGAUACUUGCAGAUACUGCUUAUUCAUCAUGCUGUAUAGAUGAAGUCGCAGCAGGCCAUGUUGGGUCAGACAUUGUGGUGCAUUUUGGUGAUGCCUGUUUGAACACCAUCCAGAAGCUCCAAGCUGUGUAUGUCUUUGGCAAGCCGUACCUGGAGCUUGAUAGAGUUGUUGAAAAGUUCAAAGAGACAUAUUCGACCGAAGAUAAGGUCAUAUUGAUGGCUGAUGCCCCUUAUACACGUCAUCUACACGAGCUGUUCAAUGCCCUCACACCUUUCUUUGCGAACAUCGCGUAUACUGAUAUUGACUUGGAGCUGGCAAACAAUGCAAAGAUUGUGGGCUUUGAGAGCUCUUCACAUAAAGAAGUUUUCAAAUUCUCCAACCGUGUGAUUAAAGGACUUGAAGAGUUGCAAGAAGAUGACCUGAGCGAGUUCAAGUUGUUUCAUAUUACAACACCUCAACCUCCACAUCUGCUCUUUUUAAGUACCAAAUUCUCAGAGAUGACCACCUACGAACCUAUGGAUAACUCUACAAACUCUGGCCCAUUCCCUUCAUUGAUGAAAAGGUAUAGAUACAUGCAGAUGGCCAGAGCUGCUGGAACUAUUGGAAUUCUCGUCAAUACGCUAUCUUUGAGAAAUACCAAUGAAGUCAUAAAGACAGUCUCCAACAAGAUACGAGAGGCAGGGAAGAAGCAUUACAUGUUUGUCGUUGGUAAGCCAAACGUUGCCAAAUUGGCAAACUUCGAGUCGAUUGAACUUUGGUGUAUAUUGGGUUGUGGACAAGGUGGCAUUAUUCUGGAUCAGUCCAAUGAGUUUUAUAAGCCAAUCAUAACACCUUAUGAACUGGAAAUGGCACUGAAUCCAGUGGUGACAUGGACUGGUCAGUGGUGUACUGGGUUUGACGAAUUAUUGAAGGAAGAACAAGACGCAGAGACCAACUCUGACGAGGAUAUACCAAAUUCCCCAGACAGCAAGGAUGAUGAUGAGGACGAUAUUCCUCAGUUUAACCCGGUGACUGGUAAAUUGAUAAGCACAUCUCGUCCACUGAGACAAAUUCAACAUCUGGAGAUUGAUGCAGUUUCACAGGACUCCAAGGACCAAGGACAACUGGUGAAGGCAUUUUCAAAGUCAUUGGCCAUCAAGGGCACGGUAUCAACGAGUGCACAGUAUCUCCAGAAUAGAGCAUGGUCGGGCUUGGGAAGUGAUUUCACCGAUACAGAUGUUGAUCCUGAGGGAGCAGUUGUUGAACAAGGUCGUGGUGGUGUUGCAAGAGGCUACGACUUUGACAUCAGAAAAGACAAAUAAUCAUGACAUUAAGAUACGUGCAUUGAAUGAUACCUUAGACAGAUACAUACCACAUAUCUAUGCUAUCUCUAAAGGAUUUUAUAUGGCAACGAACCCAAACUGUACCUGUACUUGUAAUCCUCGAUUUUGACCUUCACCAUCCUGAUUAUUCCCUUGAGCUCUCUGGCCACGUCUUGCCUGUUGCAUUAGUUGACGUUGUUGAAACCAAAACAGCGUGGUGAAGAUAACCAAAGCUAUAGCUGGCACUAAGAACGACUCCCAAUCAAAGUUGUCAAAGAAUCCGUUAUCGUCUUGGAUAACAAAUUCACCAUUGUCAUCAACCUCG